GUUAAUGUGAAAUCGAGGAGAUUAAAUCUUGACUUUUGAUGGUAUAAUCUUAUCAUGUCAUUUCAAUUUUCUUUUUUUGAACCCCGGGUGAAUUGUGAACGUUAUCAAAGAAUCUUGUGUAUACAGCACUUGCUAAUUGAUUUUAAGAUUUCAUUGCAUAAAUAGAGAAUUAAAAGCUCAAAAAAGUACAUCCUUCAGAAAUAUAAAAAAAAAAUGAGUAAAUUCUAUUGAAAAUAAAAGUAAAUGCAGUUGGAAAGUUGGUGUAAAUAAAUUCGGAUUGAAUUUUUCUGCGAAACUUAUUUCGUGAAUGAAUAAAAAGUUUACUCGUCGGAUUCCAAGUUAGAGCCAGAUUCCGGCCAAGGAUACAACGAUGAGCUUCAAGAAGAAAAAUAACCAGAAAAACCGAAAUCGACGGAAAGGAGUACAGAGAGAAGACUCAAGAUGCUCCACGGAGGCCCUUCAAGAAGAGGAGGAGGGUUCUGCGUCACGAAACAUCGAAAAAUGCUAUACAAUCAAGACGUCUGAAGUGAUGGGUCGGUACUUGGUGGCCUCCAAAAACAUUCCCGCAGGAGAAAUCCUGAUGUCAGUAGAGCCUUUUGUCGUAGGACCUAGCCUGGAUAGCCGUGAAAUUUGUCUCGGCUGUUAUGUCGAUCUCGAUCAAUCUACUUCCAAACAAAGAUGUGAUAAGUGCCAAUGGCCUGUAUGUGAUAAGAAAUGUAAAGGCUACAGGGAAAAAUACGGUCAUAGUAGAGAAGAAUGUGAUUUUUUAAGGAACGUACCUUACACUCAAAGCAAGACAGCCCUGAAUGUCAUCGUGCCACUCAGAUGUCUCCUUUUAAAGACACAAACCCCAGAAAAGUGGGAUGAUGUGCUGUCAAUGGAAUCACACGACGAAAUUCGGAAAAACGUGCCGAUUAUUUGGCAAACCAACCAAAAGACAAUAGUUGAGAAAAUCCUUAAAGCACAGGAAAAAUCAGUUUUCACCGAGGAAGAAAUACACAGAAUAUGCGGCAUACUGGAGGUCAAUGCGUUCGAAAUAACAGUUGGAGACCACGGUAUAAGGGGUCUUUACCCAGAGGCAUUUUUAUUAGCACACGACUGCAUCCCGAAUACGUCCCACUAUAACAAUGAUCAGUUUCUGUUCGAAAUGCGGACAACAAUUCCUGUGCGCUCUGGAGAGAUCCUACAGACUAGUUAUGCUUAUGUUUUGCAGGGUACAAUGAGGAGACAAGACCACUUGAGAGAGUCGAAAUUUUUCCAUUGCAUUUGCAACCGAUGCAAAGACCCACUGGAAUGUGGAUCAAACUUGAGUACCUUAAUAUGCCCCAUAUGCAGGAAGAGCACAUUACUUUCCACGAAUCCAACCAACCUUGAGGCAGAUUGGAAGUGCUUCAACCAAAGCUGUGAUGCUUACUCCAAAUCGGGACAGAAAAUGAAAAUACUGAUGGAUAGGUUAUAUGAGGAAGUCGAAUCAAUCAAUGGCUGUGAUAUACAAGGCUACGAGGAGUUUUUGAAGAAGUACGAACAUUUUUUGAGCUCCAGCCAUUAUCUGAUGAUCGGAGCUAAAUACUCACUCUGUCAACUUUACGGGAAGAUUGAGGAUUUUAUGAUACAUGAGCUAUCGACGGAGCAACUGCGCAGGAAGAUAUCACUUUGCGAAGAAGUAUUGCAAGUAGCGGAUAUCGUUAGUCCAGGACUUUCGGUUCUAAGAGGUACCGUGAUGUACGAGCUGCACGCUCCGCUGAUGGUGCUGGCGACCAGGGAUUUCCAAAGUUCAAACAUGUCUAAAGAUGCGAUGAGAAAUCAGUUGAAAAAGGUCAAAUCUCUACUUGUAUCCUCUUGCAAAUGUCUGCAAAAUGAACCGUUGAGCACACACGAAGGAAGCAUUGGUCAAGCUGCAAAAGAGGCUCUGGAAGCCCUGAAAAGUUGGGAAAAAUGUCUUGGCAGAUUUUAAACUUACGACGUACCUAGAUCUUCGCGUUUUUACAUGUUUUUUCUAUUCAGACCCAUGUAAACAAUUUGUAAGAAAAGAAAAAGUUUUACAGUGCUUAA